AUGACCACAAUGGAUCUACGCGUCGGUAAUAAAUACCGUAUCGGUCGAAAGAUCGGUUCCGGUUCGUUCGGUGAUAUCUACCUAGGAACCAAUAUCAUCUCCGGCGAGGAGAUUGCCAUCAAGCUCGAGAGCGUGAAGGCCAAGCAUCCCCAGCUGGAGUAUGAGGCCCGUGUCUACAAGUCACUCGCUGGCGGCGUCGGCAUCCCCUUCGUCCGCUGGUUCGGUACUGAGUGUGACUACAAUGCCAUGGUUCUGGAUCUCCUCGGACCCAGCUUGGAGGAUCUCUUCAACUUCUGCAACCGAAAGUUCUCUUUGAAGACGGUCCUCCUGCUCGCCGACCAGCUCAUCUCCCGAAUUGAGUACAUCCACGCCAAGUCCUUCAUCCACCGUGAUAUCAAGCCAGACAACUUCCUCAUGGGCAUUGGCAAGCGCGGCAACCAGGUUAACGUUAUUGACUUUGGUCUGGCCAAGAAAUACCGCGAUCCCAAGACUCACUUCCAUAUCCCGUACAGAGAGAACAAGAACUUGACUGGUACUGCUCGAUAUGCCUCCAUCAACACCCAUCUUGGUGUCGAGCAGUCUCGACGAGACGAUAUGGAGUCCCUCGGCUAUGUUAUGCUCUACUUCUGCCGUGGCUCUCUGCCGUGGCAGGGUCUGAAGGCUGCCACUAAGAAGCAGAAGUAUGACCGCAUCAUGGAGAAGAAGAUGACUACCCCCACCGAGGUUCUCUGCCGCGGCUUUCCCAACGAGUUUGCCAUCUACCUGAACUACACUCGUUCCCUCCGCUUCGACGACAAGCCCGACUACAGCUACCUCCGCAAGAUCUUCCGCGACCUGUUCGUUCGUGAGGGAUUCCAGUACGACUACGUCUUCGACUGGACCGUCUACAAGUACCAGAAGAACGCUGCUGCCAUCCAGCAGCAGCAGGCCCAGCAGGGAGACGACAAGAACCGCACUGAUGCGGCCACCGGCCAGCCAACUGCUGCUGCCACCAAGACCCCUGCUAUCUCUAGCAACCGUACGCGCAACAAGAUGAUUGCUGGAGCUGGUGUGGACACUCCGGAGACCAACCGUGCCGUCGGUGGCAGCGACAGGAUGUGA